UCCCUGGAACCAGGAUAUCGUCCUGCCGCCGCGGUGAAAGAAACAUGAUGGAUUUCCAAGUCGUCGUCCUCGCCGGCGGCACUGCGAAGAAGCUCGCCCCUCUCGUCUCCAAGGAGGUCCCUAAGGCGUUGCUCCCCGUUGCCAACCGCCCCGUCCUCUCUUACGUACUCGAGCUCCUCGAAUCCAGCAACCUCAAAGACCUCAUCGUCGUGGUCGAAGGGGAAGACGCCGCUCUUCGAGUCGGUGGCUGGAUAUCGGGUGCUUAUGUCGACCGCCUUCAUGUUGAGGUGGCUGCAGUCCCUGAGGAUGUUGGAACAGCGGGAGCACUACGUGCUGUGGCACAUCACCUUACUGCAAAUGAUGUUCUGAUUGUGAGUGGAGACCUUGUUUCUGAUGUGCCUCCUGGGGCUGUGGCUGCAACUCACAGAAGACAUGGUGCAGUUGUAACUACGCUUCUAUGUUAUGCGCCUGUCAGCGGACCUUCAGAUACUGGAUCUUCUGCAGGAAAAGACAAAGUUAAGAAAAGCAGAUACAAUAUUGUGGGGCUGGAUCCCACUAGGCAGCUCUUGUUACAUAUAGCAGCAGGGGCUGAGGUUGAAAAAGAUAUUCGUGUACAGAAGAACAUUCUCCGUGCUGUAGGUCAGUUGGAAAUCCGUGCUGAUCUCAUGGAUGCUCAUAUGUAUGCAUUCAAGAGAACUGUUCUGCAAGAUGUUUUGGAUCAGAAGGAUACAUUUCAUAGUAUCAGACAGGAUGUAUUGCCGUAUCUUGUGAGGACUCAGUUGAGGUCAGAAAUAUCUGCCAAUGGGUUACAUAAGGUAGAAGAUAAUGCAAAUGGCAGAGUUUCCUCCCAGAACUACGUAACAUGGAUGUCUCAACAUCGAGAAAUUGCACCAUCUGCUUAUCAAGAGCUUCUUGCUUUGAGUCCCAGGUCUCCAGAAAAUGCUCUGAGAACGCAUAAAUGCUGUGCUUAUAUUGCUAGCAAAAGCAAGUAUUGUGCUCGUUUGAACUCAAUUCAAGCAUUUAGUGACAUUAAUCGUGAUGUGGUAGGAGAGGCUAGUCACCUUUCUGGUUAUUCUUUCUCUUCACAAAACAACAUCAUUCAUCCAUCAGCAGAGCUCGGAUCAAAAACUACUGUUGGUCCCCAAUGCAUGCUUGCAGAAGGUUCACAGAUGGGUGAUAAGUGUAGUGUGAAGCGAUCCAUCAUUGGCCGGCACUGCAGGAUUGGUUCAAAUGUAAAGAUUGUAAACUCUGUUGUGAUGAAUCAUGUAACCAUUGAAGAUGGGUGCCUUGUUCAAGGUUCUGUUAUAUGCAGUAAUGUGCAUCUUCAAGAGCGUGUUGUUUUGAAGGAUUGUCAGAUUGGAGCAGGUUACGUUGUUACGUCUGGCAGUGAGUACAAGUCAGAGCCUUUGGCAAGAAAGUAGAAUUAUCUGUCUUCAUAAGUUUUCUACGUACAUAGCUUAUUUUCCCUUUCUGUUGAGACAAAGUUUCGGCUCUUGUAUCAAAAUAUUUCGAGGUGAUAAGAGAAAAAACAAAGAAAAGAACAUAAGUUAUCAUAUGUGGACACCUGCUGCACUACAAAAUUUGCUCUCUCCUUUUUUACUUUUUAUUUUGUGUGAGAAUCUCAAGAUCUAAACUAUAUACAGCAUUUAUUUCACUAGUAUACACAUAAUUUUUUUCUGUUAUUUAUAUUCAACAUGGAGGAACGAUUAGAUUUCUCCAAUGUGACCAACAAUCAACAAACAAAUGCAUCAGAUGGUGUGUGCGCUCUGGCCAGAUUCAGUGUAAUGGGUUUUCAAGUACUGACUACAAGCUUCUCUCUUGGUGAGCUGUGAUAGCUGCAUACAGUAUAAAUCUGUGUUCUGAUUGGCUUUGUGAUCAUAUUUCAAGUGCUAGUUACUUGUUCUGAUAAUUGCCAUUUGUAUGGAUCGAUUUAGGCUUUUCAGUUUGAAACGUCUUGCAUUCCCCAUAAAUUUGCUCACAUGAAAAUAAUCCUGUACUUGAAUGUAUUAUUGGUGUGAACGCAUUACUUUGUCAUCAAUGUAAAGAAUAUUUAACUCUCUCAUUGUGUGAAAUACCUGCACCAUAUUGUUAAAUGUUAUCAAGACCAUAUCUUGUGUAUAAUAGCAUAUCAAAAUUGCAACCCUCAUCAUGUUAAUAAGUUUCUUUCCUUGAAGCUUAAUUGAUUUUAUUGUUUUAUCUGCCCGAUGCUAUGUUGACCUAAAGUUUGAUUAGUGGUCAUAGAAAAAAAAAACAAUGUAACCUGUAAAAUGCUUGUUCUCACAUCUUAUUUUCUCAUAUUCAAUUGCUUAAUGCAAAACGGUAUCAAGGGGG